UUCCGUAAACAUUGAGUGAGAAAAAUAUUAUCGAAGCAGUGAGAAUAAUUAAUUAUCGACAAAUACCGAUAUUUUGCUGGUUUUUUUGAGAAUAUGUAGCAAAGAGAACCUGCAGACAUUUGUUGAGAUUUUUUUAAAACUGGUGACUGCUGUUUUUUUAUUUGUUUAAUUCACCUAUCGUUGAUUUGACGUUUCUCGGAAGGAAACAAGAUAAUAAAGAAAAUGCUCUCACGCAAGAAUAAAGACUUGAGGACGAUAAAAGAAGGUGUUGUUGGAAAGUACGUGAAGAAAGAAACACCACCGGAAAUACCAAUUAUUAAUGUCUGGACGACUGAACCCAAUAGGCACAAGAGGAGGAGAAAUAAUCAGGCGACAAUGCCACCACAAAUGCCUUCACCACAGCAGCCAAGUAUGGUACAAAAAUUUGGCAAUACCAAGACUACAAUGAGUGCAGUUGGAUUAGGAAGUCACGAAGGCAAAUAUACUCCAAAUAGUUCAGUUCCUGAUCUAGCUCAGAGAUUCGCAAGUUUAUCAAUGGCUCCAGGCGUAUCGGAAGCCUUAUCCUCCCGCACAGUGACCCCUCUGUACCACCCAGGGCUGUCCCCAGCGGUGUCCCACACCUAUGUGAAUCAAUACGCCGGUUCCGAAUACCAUCUAGAUCGUGUACAGACACCCCAGAUGCCCUACGUGCCUUUCGAAACCGACAACGGCUACGAGGACUUCAAUCAGGUAUCCUUCAGGCACCCCCAGUACAGUAGAUCGCAAUCUGAGAGAUCCAGCUCACGCAGUGAACAACCAACAGAGCUACCACUCCCUCCAGGAUGGUCUGUGGAUUUUACAUUGAGAGGAAGGAAGUACUACAUCGAUCACAACACUAAGACGACUCAUUGGUCACAUCCUCUGGAGAAAGAGGGCCUUCCAACUGGGUGGGAGAGAAUUGAAUCCCCGGAAUAUGGAGUUUAUUAUGUGAAUCACAUAACAAGACAAGCUCAGUACGAACAUCCCUGCUACCCCCUGGAGAUGCAGGCAGUUCGUGUGGUAUCACCCCCUCGACACACUCACUUUCAUUCGCACAGUGUCUUAGUCCCAGCGAAUCCAUACCUAAACGAGGAAAUACCACACUGGCUCUACGUCUACAGUAGAGCAUCUGUGGCCCUCGACCGAAAGCUCCGUUGGGAGCUAUUUCGUCUGCCAGAGUUGGACUGCUUUAACGCAAUGCUCACGAGGCUCUACAAACAGGAGCUCGAGGAAGUUGUCAUGCGAUACGAGGAGUACAGGUCUGCACUCCUUUGCGAAAUGGAACAGAGACUGAAGGAAUUGAACACGGAGAGUGGAUCGUCAGCUGGUGCUGUUGCCCUUCGGCGAUCUUUACCGUAAAAAUUCAUUUUGUCAGCAACGAAAAUGAUAUAUUUUUGU